UGUUGGCGUGGAUGUGCCGCUGCUGCAUGAUCUCGCCAUGGAGCUGCUGCUGGUGUGCGUCUCGCUGUGGAUGUUGCAGUGCAAGCCGGCCGAGGCGGACUCCAUCAUACACAUCGGUGCCAUAUUUGAGGAGAACGCAGUGAGGGAUGACGAAAUAUUCCAGCUCGCCAUUUCGGACCUGGCCCUCAACGACGACAUCCUGCAGAGCGAGAAGAUCACCCACUCUGUCAAACUGAUCGAGCCCAAUAACCCCUUCCAGGCCGUGCAGGAAGCAUGCGAGCUGAUGAACCAGGGAAUCCUGGCCCUGGUCACGUCCACGGGGUGUGCCGCCGCCAGCGCCUUGCAGUCCCUGACCGACGCCAUGCACAUCCCCCACCUCUUCAUCCAGAGGAACGGGGACGGCGCCCCCCGGGCGGCCUGCCAGCUCAACCCCAGCCCGGACGGGGAGAGCUACACCCUGGCCGCCCGUCCCCCGGUCCGCCUCAACGACGUCCUGCUCACGCUGGUCUCCGAGUUGCACUGGCAGAAGUUCAUCAUCUUCUACGAGAGCGACUACGACAUCCGUGGUCUACAGAGCUUCAUGGACCAGGCCUCCCGCCUGGGCCUGGACGUGUCCCUGCAGCGGGUCGACCGCAACGUCAGCCGGGUCUUCACCGACCUUUUCAACACGCUGAGGACCGAGGAGCUCAACCGGUACCGGGACACGCUGCGGCGGGCCGUGCUGCUCAUGAGCCCCCGGGGAGCGCAGGUGUUCAUCCACCAGGCGGUGGAAACCAACCUGGCGUCCAAGGACAGUCACUGGGUCUACGCCAACGAGGAGGUGAGCGACGCUGAGAUCAUGGAGCUGGCCUUCAGCUCCCUGGGCCGCAUGUCUCUGAUCCGCCAGGUGUUCCCCCUGUGGAAGGACACCAACGUGCGCUGCAUGAGGAACAACCACCGCAUCUCCUCGCUGCUCUGCGACCCCCAGGAGGGCUACCUGCAGUCUCUGGAGGUGUCCAACCUCUACCUGUACGACAGCGUUCUGAUGCUGGCCAACGCCUUCUACAGGAAGCUGGAGGACAGGAAGUGGCACAGCAUGGCGAGCCUCAACUGCAUGAGGAAGUCCACCAAGCCGUGGAACGGAGGAUGGUCCAUGCUGGACACCAUCCAGAAGGGACGCAUCAGCGGCCUGACGGGGAUGAUGGACUUCCGGGCGGAGGGCUCCAACCCCCACGUGCAGUUCGAGAUCCUGGGAACCAGCUACAGCGAGACCUUCGGGAAGGACGUGAAACGGUUGGCGUCUUGGGAUUCCACCCGGGGUUUGAACGGAAGCUUAAAGGAGAACCGGAUCGAGAGUGGAAUGCAGGGUGUGACUCUCAAGGUGGUGACUUUACUGGAAGAGCCCUUCGUGAUGGUGGCAGAGAACAUUCUGGGCCAGCCCAAGCGGUACAAGGGCUUCUCCAUGGACGUCCUGGACGCCCUGGCCAAGAUCCUGGGCUUCAAGUACGACAUCUACCAAGUGGCGGACGCCAAGUACGGCUCGGCGCUCCCUAACGGCUCCUGGAACGGCAUGAUGGGCGAGCUCAUUGGCAAGAAGGCGGACGUGGCGGUGUCGGCCAUCACCAUCACACCAGAGCGUGAGCGAGUGGUGGACUUCAGCAAGCGCUACUUGGACUACUCGGUCGGGAUCCUCAUGCGAAAGUCCGAGGAGAAGAUCAACAUCUUCUCCCUGCUGGCGCCCUUUGACCUCGCCGUGUGGGCGUGCAUCGCCGGCGCCAUCCCGGUGGUGGGCGUCAUGAUCUUCCUGCUCAGGCGCAUCCAGGCGGUGCGUUGCCAGAAGAACACGGGCGACCACCCGCCACCCUCCGUGACCACGUCGCUGCAGAGCGCCAUCUGGAUCGUCUACGGCGCCUUUGUCCAGCAAGGCGGCGACUCCAUCCUGGGAUCGGUGGCUCUGAGGAUCGUGAUGGGCAGCUGGUGGCUCUUCACGCUCAUCGUGUGCUCGUCCUACACCGCCAACCUGGCCGCCUACCUCACCGUGUCCCGCAUGGACAACGCCGUACGGUCUUUCCAGGACCUGUCCAAGCAGGUGGACCUGGUGUACGGCACGGUGAGGGACUCUGCGGUCUACGACUACUUCCAAGCCAAAGGCACCAACCCUCUGGAGCAGGACAGCACCUUCGCUGACCUCUGGAAGACGGUCAACAAGAACAAUGGCUUGGAAAACUCCGUCUCUGGCCCCGAAGAAGGCAUCAAGAAGGCAAAGCGGGAGUCGUACGCCUUCCUGUGGGACAUGGCGGCGGUGGAAUACGCCGCUCUGACCGACGACGACUGCACGCUGACGGUGGCCGGCAACAGCAUCAGCACCAGAGGCUACGGCGUGGCCCUGCAGCACGGCAGCCCUUACAGAGACCUCUUCUCUCAGAAGAUUCUGGAGCUCCAGGAGAAAGGCGACCUGGACAUCCUGAAGCAGAAGUGGUGGCCAAAGAAGGGCCGCUGCGACCUGCAGAGCCACGCCGACGCCCAGACCGAGGGCCGGGCGCUGCACCUGCACAGCUUCGCUGGGGUCUUCUGCAUCCUGGCGGCCGGGUUGCUGCUGGCCCUGCUGGUGGCGGCGCUGGAGACCUGGUGGACCAGCAACCACUGCCGCAGGAAGGAGCCCAAAGAGGACAAGGAGAUGAACUUGGAGCAGGUCCACCAGCGUUUGAACAGCCUCCUGGACGAAGACCUGGCCCACAAGCAGCUGCCCGGCCAGUCCAUCGAGAUCUCCGCCCUGGACAUUAGCAGCAUGCAGCCCAGCCAGUCCCUGGAGGUCUUGUCCGGCAGGGAGUACCCCGCCCACCGGGGGCCGCCGCCCCUCUCGGUGAGCACCUUCCUGCGGGAGGGCCACGGGGCCGGGCGGACACUGGGCGCGGUGGGCGGCCGGACCUUGCCCCUGCCCCUCAGCAGCGCCACCAUGCCCUCCAUCCGCUGCAAACACCGGGCGCCCAACGGGGGGCUUUUCCGCCAGAGCCCGGUCAAGACCCCCAUGCCCAUGUCCUACCAGCCGGGGCCGGGGGGGCCCAUCCCGGAGGGGAAGGCCAGUCACGGGACCUCCAUCUGAGCUGAAAUGAAUAGAAAACACCUUUUUAAUUACCAGUGGAGGUGCCAGGCCAGACUCUUACUGUACAUAUUUGUAACUAUAAAGAGAGAAAAAGCCACAUUACAAAAUGUAUUUUCAAUAUUCUCCAGUUCAAAAAAAACGAAAAGUAUUUAAAAAAAAAAAAAAGAAACAAACAAACAAAAAAAAUGACUGUUUCAAUGGCUUUUUUUUUUUUUUUUGUUCUCUACAAAAUAAAGGUGACUUUUUUUUGGUUUGUUUUUUUUGUGUUGGUUUGUUUUCUAAGUGCCAAGAUGUUUUCUUUCAGAUAACUGAAUGUACUGUGAGAAAGAAGAACUCCACCACUCAAAAGACAUUUUGCAGCGAUAAAAAAAAAAAAAAGGACGUUUCAACUAUGACGAU